CACAAGAGCAACAGAAUCCAGUGUCACAGGCUGUAUUUCCAUCAUUGGCAUCGUCUACGCACCGCAGCCCGCCAUUGUCGUCGCAGCCCGAUCGCAUCCUCCCCCUAAACGCUCAGCUGAAGCAUCACCAAGCCAAAAUGUCUACCCCGCCCGUGCCCUUCAACCGACUUAAGCAGAUUGCCACAGAUGUGUGCAACAGCGCCAUCGGCAGUGCGGAAUUCUACGACCACGCAAAGACGGAGCAAUGGAACUCGACCAUCAUUAGCUCCAUGCUGAAGGCGCUCAUCUCUGAGGCAACUCCCCAGGGCGCCACUUCUCCUUCAUACAAGUUUGCUUGCAACAGCACCAUUGUCCAGCACCUGGUGCCCACAUCGGCACUUAACAAGUCCCGCGGUGGCACCGAUACCAAGACUGAGGAGCCUCACGUGUCGACGAGCACAGAUGCUACCGCUACGGACGGCAAGCCUCACGUCGGCCGACGAGGAAUGCACAGCGCAACCGGCGCAUACUGGGAUGAGAAGAAGGACGGCAUGUGGACUUUCAAGUACGACGGAGGCGAGGGCAAGGGCAUGGACGUGGUCAUUAUGCUGAUCUGGAUUGCCAUCUGAGGAGAGAAUAGAAGAGGCUUGGGGAACAGCGAGGGGCCGGGCCCUGAGCCUGCAUCUUGAUGGAGUCGAUGGGCGGACUCUGGCUCUGAUAUGGAUAUUUUGAAGAGCUUGGAUCUCAGCACUCUGCUCUUCUAUAGACUGCGGUGGUUUGGGGAGGCGGCUCUGUUGCCAUGGCUCGCCCACGCUUGCAUCUUUCAUGAAUUACUUGCAUAUUGAGCGACAGGAUGCUGCGACAGAUGGCGAGCAACCGAGGCAUGGCAUGGAAACAAGCAAGGGAUACACCUACGGAGUCGAUUGUUAUUUGAGCUGCUAUUAAUUUACAUUUGCCUG